GGUUGAGAGUGAGAGAUGUGCACCCCGCGGUCUGCAAGCAUCUCAUUCAGACGCACAGCUUAUCGCGAUGUCACACCGGCGGGGUUUUCUCCAUCUGAUGUGAACCCCCCAGGCUCGGCUCCGCGCACAUUGAUGUCUCAGUCCGGCAGAUUGUUCAUUUGGAGCCGUGCGUUGUUAGGAUGCGUCCGGGAGGAGCGCGCUCUCCUCCUGCCGGUGCGGUGCUGUCCUCCCUGUGUCUGUGGCUCAUAGCUUCACUGCCCUGUGUUCAGGCUGCUGAGUCUGAAGGCGCUGUUUACAAUGGAGAUGAGCAGGGUUCAGUGAGGAGCAUCCUUGACCAGGUACAGAGUUAUGAGAUGACUUAUCCCACAUGGCUGCAUCCUCACAGACACAGGAGGUCUGCCCACGAAGAGCAUCCUGCAGAGGCCCAGGUUCUGAUCUCCGCUGAGGGCCGUGAGCUCAAGCUACAACUGGAGAAAAACAAGCAUCUGUUGGCUCCUGGAUAUCAGGAAAUAUGGUACACUCCCGAAGGAGUUCGCAAGUCCUCCUCUCCUGGCAACACUGGACACUGUUUCUACCAUGGGGAGGUUCUGGGCAUGGAAGGCUCAAGUGUUGCUGUUAGCACAUGCUCAGGACUCAGGGGACUGAUUUCUCUGAACACAAGCGUCAGCUACCUGAUCGAGCCUCUUCCUGUUUCCACGGGCGCACAGCAGCACGCCGUGUUCAGAGCAGAGAGUCUCCAUCUACCCAAGGGUAGCUGCCUGCAUCACCAUGGCAACAAGGAGCAUAAGGAGGGGCUUAACGACUUCCUCCAUGGAAUAAUGUCACCACGGAGCAGGAGGGAAAAAAGGGACCUGAGUAAGAGUAUGAAAUACGUGGAGCUGCUGCUAGUGGCAGACAAGGCUGAGUUUGAGAAGCAUGGGAGUAGUCUCGAGAAGACCAAACAGAAAUUACUUGAAGCGGCCAACUUGGUUGACAAGUACUACAAGGCUUUAAACAUCCGCGUGGCAUUGAUCGGUCUGGAGGUGUGGUCCAGCCAGAACAUGAUCAGCGUUUCGGACAACCCUCACAGCACUCUGGCAGCGUUCCUGUCCUGGAGAAGCAAACAGCUCCGCUCGCUGCCCAACGACAACGCUCAGCUCAUCACGGGGAAGGGCUUCCAGGGCACCACCAUCGGACUGGCCCCUCUCAAAGCCAUGUGCUCCGAGUACCAGUCUGGUGGAGUUAACACGGACCACUCAGAGUCAGCUGUGGGUGUAGCUGCCACCAUCGCACACGAGAUGGGUCAUAACUUCGGCAUGAGCCACGACAGUGCAGGCUGCUGCCAGGCCAAGGCAGAGGACGGCGGCUGCAUCAUGGCUGCUGCUACUGGGCAUCCGUUCCCACGUGAUUUUAACGAUUGCAACCAGAAGGAGCUGAAGAGCUACCUGAGCUCUGGAGGGGGGAAGUGUCUCUUCAACUUGCCAAACACAAGAUCCAUGUACGGAGGGCAGCGCUGCGGCAACGGCUACCUGGAGGAUGGAGAAGAAUGUGACUGUGGAGAAGAAGAGGAGUGUACCAGUCCCUGCUGUAAUGCCAACAACUGCACUCUGAAGGCUGGAGCUGAGUGUGCCCAUGGUGUCUGCUGCCAAAACUGCAAGUUGAAGAGCCCGGGUGUGCUGUGUCGUGCUCCCUCGGGGUCAUGUGACCUGCCAGAGUACUGCGAUGGGAAGGCAGAGUCUUGUCCGGCUAAUUUCUAUCUGGUGGAUGGUUCGUCGUGUGCAGGCGGGCAGGCCUACUGUUACACUGGCAUGUGUCUGACCCUGGAGCAGCAGUGUCUCUCUCUCUGGGGACGAGAUGGCCGUCCAGCACCUGACCUGUGUUUUAGGAAGGUAAACGAAGCCGGGGACAUGUACGGGAACUGUGGCAAGGAUCUGUUCGGGAAGUACAGGAGCUGUAAGGACAGUGAUGCUCAAUGUGGGAAAAUCCAGUGUUUGACCUCAUCCGACAAGCCCAUCGAGAACAAUGCUGUCCGUAUAGAAACCACUGUCAGUGUGGGCAACAGGAAGAUCCAUUGUAUGGGAACACAUGUGUACAAGCCUGGGCAGGGGGACAAGGAGGGGCAGGGGGACACUCUGGACCCAGGCCUGGUCAUGACGGGCACCAAGUGUGGAGAUGACUCGAUUUGCUUUAACGGAGAAUGCCGCAAUGCAUCUUUCCUCAGAGCUGAUGAGUGCAAUGCAAAGUGCCGUGGACACGGGCUGUGCAACAACAAUCACAACUGCCACUGUGACACGGGCUGGGCUCCUCCUCUGUGUGAGCAACAGGGGUCGGGGGGGAGUGUGGACAGCGGACCCGUCAUCACCCACAGCAAUCUCCUUCCAGUCCUGGUGGUCCUUCCUCUGGUCCUGUUUGUGGUUCUGGCCGCUGUUGGACUGUUGUUCUGCUACAGACAUAAACUCCACCCACUGAAGUCCUCCGCUCCACCUCCAGUGCCAAGUUGUUCAGUCCCGGUCGAUGGCAAGCCUCUGCAUGCUGACGUUCAUGUGAACGGUCAUGCCAACCCAACAUUCUUGCUUAAAAAACAGGACUCGGAUAACCUGGGGAAAUCUUCUCCUCGUCCCAGCCCAUCUUGCUCUUCUCGGUCCAGGAACGCCAUAGUGCGUCCAGCAGUGAAGCCUCCUCCUAUCCCUUUGUAUGCUGCAGUGCAGAGAGAGCAAACACCUCAGAGACAAUGCUCUUCUCAAGGUUACACUGCACCUUCAGCUAAAUCUGUGCAACUCGGCGAGCAGAGACGGAACCAGGCUCCUCCACCGCCUCCAGCACCUCCGCAUUUACCUUCCAACGAUGCCAAAACCCACUCACAGCAUUCAGCAGCACCAAAAGGCAGACCAGACCCCCCAAACAGACCUCCACCGCCUUUACCUGUCAACAAGCUACCAGGGGAACAGCAACAAAUGAAGGGACUGCAGGUUUCCACUAAUGCGCUGCAGAGAGGAAAAGCUACUUUGGCUCCAUCUGCUGGACAGAAAAGGCCAAACAGAAACUAACAGCUCAGGGAGAGAUUGGGGACCACCACUCACACCCAGUAAUGGACUGCCUCAAACUGUUUUUUUGAAAAUAGACAUCUGAGAAUGAAACUUUGGGAUAUGAUCAAAACUUGACACAUCACAAUUAGUAUAUUUUAAGUCUCUAAACCUUAAGAUAUAGGCUUAAUCUGUUUUGUAAAUUAGCCCUUUGUGUCUGCUUUCACAACUUCAAAUGGCAAAAGCUGUGAAUUUAAUAACUUUUUGUUAUGAAUGUCCAAAUAAGUUAAUGAAAAUGUGAACUAGUUCCAUGUGUGCAGCAGUGUUCAAACACUGACCCAGGAGUAUUUAUUCACAAAGAAAAAUGAAUGUUUACAAUGUAGCCUAUGUAAUAAACAUGGUGUCUCUUAAAGAGCAUCAGCUGUAAAGGGAUAUCUUAUAUUAAGAAAAGAUGCCAAUGUGGAAGUGCUUACGCGUCUUAUGUGUGAAUAAGGACGGGAUUUUAUCUGGACUCAAGUGGACCAGUGAAAGCCCUGUAUGCAUGCUGUAAGUAUAUGCUUAUGAUGAGAGAUACAUGUAUGAUAUGUAGCAGGAAAUGUUAGGGACUUAUACAAAUAUUAUUAAUUUUGUUUUAGUGAUUUUAUAUUAUCGUUAUGUUGCACUUUGAGCAAUCUGGUUGGGGUCAAAUACUCCCUCCCUGAAGGAUCUUAAGCCUGGAGGAGGUGAGCGUUUGAUACAUAUUUUAAGUAUAAUUUCAAACCCACACUCACUCUUAUUUCUUAGUUCUGUAACAGACAAUCAGUGAUGAAGUAAUCUUUGUCCCUGGGCAACCUUUCAAACUAAUUCAAUUUGGGAAAAAUCCGAUCCAUACUUAAAUGUCAAAGUCAAACAUCAAAAUUACAACAUUAAUUUGAACAAUUUUGCAACCGUUUCUACAUUUCAGUUGGACUUCCCCCAUGACCAAAAGACUGUAAAGUUACUUUUCUAUAUGAUAAAACAUGACAUAUAUCCCAGUAUGUGUAACAGUGAUUACUUUGUUGUUACUGUAAGGUACUGCAACAAAUCCUGGUCCGUUUGACUGCUUGGUGGGCGGUGACCUGGUUUCAACUGAAAUAUGGAAAUACAGCUGUUUGGUUUAUCUUCUUAUCAGACCUAUGCAAACUGUGGCACUUUGCAACACUGUGUCUUCAACUGGAAAUCAAAUAAACACAUGGAAAAAAUAAAAAAA